ACAGCGCGCGGCCGUUUGCGGCCGCUCGCCCGUCAGCGCCCGGCCCGAGGGACGCGCCGGCGGCCAUGGCGCACCGGUGCCUGCUGCUGUGGGGCCGGGGCGCAUGCCGGCCCCGUGGGCUGCCCCUGAUGCUCGUGCCUGGCGGCCGCGCAGGCCCCACCGAACGGCUCUGCCUGCGGACGCUUUAUCGAUAUGCUACAACUCAAGCAAAAACCAGUAGAAGUUCUCUUCUGACAGAUGUGAUUGCUGCUUAUCAGAGAUUCUGUUCUCGGCCUCCAAAAGGAUUUGAAAAAUACUUUCCCAAUGGGAAAAAUGGAAAAAAAACUAGUGAACCUAAAGAAGUUAUGAGAGAAAAAAAAGAAUCGAAGCCAGCGGCUGCCCCGCGUCCUUCUGGAGGAGGAGUUGGUGGUGGUGGAAAACGAGGUGGGAAGAAAGACGAUUCUCACUGGUGGUCCAGGUUCCAGAAGGGUGACAUUCCGUGGGAUGACAAGGAAUUCAGGAUGUACUUUCUCUGGACCGCCCUGUUUUGGGGAGGAGUCCUGUUUUACUUCCUGUUCAAGAGCUCCGGGAGAGAAAUCACAUGGAAGGACUUUGUCAAUAACUAUCUUUCCAAAGGAGUAGUAGACAGACUGGAAGUCGUCAACAAGCGUUUUGUUCGAGUGACUUUUACACCAGGAAAAACUCCUGUUGAUGGGCAAUAUGUCUGGUUCAAUAUUGGCAGUGUGGACACCUUUGAGCGGAAUCUGGAAACUUUACAGCAGGAAUUGGGCAUAGAAGGGGAGGAUAGGGUCCCUGUGGUCUACAUUGCUGAGAGUGACGGCUCCUUUCUGCUGAGCAUGCUGCCCACCGUGCUCAUCAUCACCUUCCUGCUCUACACCAUCCGGAGGGGGCCGGCCGGCAUCGGCCGCACGGGCCGGGGCAUGGGCGGACUCUUCAGUGUCGGAGAAACCACUGCCAAGGUCCUAAAGGACGAGAUAGAUGUGAAGUUCAAAGAUGUGGCGGGCUGCGAGGAGGCCAAGCUAGAGAUAAUGGAAUUUGUGAAUUUCCUGAAAAACCCAAAGCAGUAUCAAGACCUAGGAGCAAAAAUCCCAAAGGGUGCCAUUCUCACCGGUCCUCCAGGCACCGGAAAGACACUGCUGGCGAAGGCCACAGCCGGAGAAGCCAACGUCCCUUUCAUCACCGUUAGUGGAUCUGAGUUCUUGGAGAUGUUUGUCGGUGUGGGUCCAGCUAGAGUCCGUGACUUAUUUGCCCUCGCUCGGAAGAACGCCCCUUGCAUCCUCUUCAUCGAUGAAAUAGAUGCUGUGGGACGGAAGAGAGGAAGGGGCAACUUCGGGGGGCAGAGUGAGCAGGAGAAUACCCUCAACCAGCUGCUGGUGGAAAUGGAUGGCUUUAACACAACGACGAACGUGGUCAUUUUGGCGGGCACCAACCGACCAGAUAUCCUGGACCCCGCGCUGAUGAGGCCGGGGCGCUUCGACAGGCAGAUCUUUAUCGGACCGCCGGACAUAAAAGGAAGAGCCUCUAUUUUCAAAGUUCACCUCCGACCACUGAAACUGGACAGCGCACUGGAAAAGGAGAAGCUGGCAAGAAGACUGGCAUCCUUGACCCCAGGAUUUUCAGGAGCCGAUGUUGCCAACGUCUGCAAUGAAGCUGCUUUGAUUGCUGCGAGACACCUUUCAGAUUCCAUAAAUCAGAAACACUUCGAACAAGCAAUUGAACGAGUAAUUGGUGGCUUAGAGAAAAAAACUCAGGUUCUGCAGCCCGAGGAGAAGAAGACGGUGGCAUACCACGAGGCUGGCCACGCAGUUGCCGGCUGGUAUCUGGAGCACGCGGACCCCCUCCUGAAGGUGUCCAUCAUCCCUCGGGGCAAAGGGCUGGGCUACGCGCAGUACUUACCCAAGGAGCAGUACCUCUACACCAAAGAGCAGCUCCUGGACAGGAUGUGCAUGACUCUGGGCGGCCGCGUGUCAGAGGAGAUCUUCUUUGGGAGAAUCACAACCGGCGCUCAGGAUGACUUGCGAAAAGUGACUCAGAGUGCGUAUGCCCAGAUUGUUCAGUUCGGCAUGAAUGAAAAGGUCGGACAAAUCUCCUUUGACCUCCCUCGUCAGGGGGACAUGGUGCUGGAAAAGCCUUACAGCGAGGCCACGGCCAGAUUAAUAGAUGACGAAGUACGAAUACUUAUCAACGAUGCUUACAAGAGGACAGUCGCUCUUCUCACAGAAAAGAAAGCAGAUGUGGAGAAGGUUGCUCUGCUCCUGUUAGAGAAAGAAGUGUUAGACAAGAACGACAUGGUGGAACUCCUGGGCCCCAGACCGUUUGCAGAAAAGUCUACGUAUGAGGAAUUUGUGGAAGGCACCGGCAGCCUGGACGAGGACACCUCGCUGCCUGAGGGCCUGAAGGACUGGAACAGGGAGCGGGAGGGCUCAGAGGAGCCCUCGGGUGAGAAGGCUGCCAGCCAGGCCCAGGGCGCUGGCCCCGCGUAGCCAGAGCUGCGCCUUCAGAGCCGCGCUCGCCUGAUGGCACAGUGGGAAGUGGGGUGCUUCGUCCUCGGCCUCGGAAGUCACCCGGGUUGCGGGGGAGGGCAUGUGCCCCAGCCUCGGGCUCUCCCGGUCUCUGUCCCCGUCGGGUAGGGGUCCUCUCGCUGUCACCUGCUUUUCACUCCCACCUCCCUUCAGAGUCUCCCUCUGUGAUGGGCUAUAAAAUUAGGAAUAUUUUCAUUUGAUUUAAUAUUUUAAAGAUGGAAUCCGGGUCACAAGUUGCUAUUUUGUGAUGGAAUGGUUUUCUACAGAGAGCUGUAUCAUACUUAAAAAUAUGAAUGUAUUGUGUAAAUACGGCUUCUUUAUGUCAAAAAUAAAGUGUAAACACUGCACUUUUUUCCU